AUGUCCGUACUACAGCACUCUGACUCGGACUCAACCUACUCUGCAGUGACUGAUCUCUGUGUUUUCUGCAACAAGAAGCUAGUGAGAGGACGCAUGCUGUCAUGCCUUCACAAUAUCUGUCUGACGUGUGUACGUGAGGAGAUUGGAGGGAGCAACCAUAUCACUUGCCCACGUUGUGGCACUUUGACGAAAGCACCCAAAUCCGGAUUUUCCCAAUUGCUGGCAUUGCCUAAUGCGUACGUCAUCCCCGCGGGGCGUGAUUCCAGUACAUGCACUUCCAGCGUUGAGACUGCAAUGUGUGAUGAAUGUGUGGAUGCCGAGGAGGCCAAGAAAGUGUGCGUGGACUGUGGCCUUAUGUACUGUGAUCUGCAUGCACACUCGCAUCAGAAGAGCAGGGGCACACACAGCCACACGCUGCGAGACAUCGGUGACCAGCUUGCCAUCGCCGCCACCGAGUCAGCAGCACAGCCUGCGGCAAGAGCGGAUACCGGGAGUGCAGUGCUGCAAUGCUCCGCUUGUCCGUUGCACGGCUCGCGACAGCUGGACAUGUACUGCGAGGAAUGCGCAGAACUCUCCUGCAAGAAGUGCGUGCAGCGAUGCGCACACUCGGAACACAAGGAGAGGGUCGUUUUGGCCAGUGAAGCGGCCGGAAAAUUGCGACAAAAGGUGAAGCAAAUGCGACAGUUUGCAUGCGUGAGAAGUGACAGUGGCCGCGAGGAAGCUAGUAGUCAACAGCGUGUGCCGGAUGAGAGGGUUAGAUUACAGUCCAGCCUAGCAGCUGUGAAAGAUUCAAUCAAAACUUUAAACAGGAGAGUGGAGCUGGUGUCAGAAGACGUGAACCAGGUGUUUGAUGCAGCCAUUGAAGCUGCCAAGAAACGCCAGCAAUCACUUCUAGAAGACCUUGACAAGGAUCACUGGGCGAAGCAGAAAGUUCUUGAAGAGCAGCAGCAACAGCUUGAGCGUGCUCUUGAGCUGGGCGAGCAGAUGGAUAUGUUGCUUGAGCGCCGUGUGAGUGACUUGGAUUUCCUGCGCAUGUCCGCAUGGAUGGAAGACUGGCACAAAGACAUUGCUUCAUGCCUUGAGCGGAACUCAGAGCCGGCGGUAAGUGGUCAUGUUGUGUUCAAGAAAAGCAAUGCCGCAGAGCUGCAAGUACUGGCAUCGAAAGUUGGCAUCAUUCAGGACAUAGCUGUGGACGUUAGCAAGAGCUCCGUGUCCUGCCUUCCCAGGAUCAAUUCGCCGACAGAUCUUGAUGUGAUGAUAACAGCAACAACCGUGGACGGUGAUUCGAUUUCUGCUGGCAUUGCAAAUGACAUAGGUCUCUGCGUGUCGUUGAGAGCCGACGAGGGAGAGGCUGCAAAGUGCGAAAUCGUGCAAGGAGCAUCACCGGGCAAGCUGAAAGCUAGCCUGAAGAGCCCAGCACCGGGAAUGUAUCAUGUCUCAGUGACAAUGGGCCACAGGCAUCUUCAAGGCAGUCCGAUGACAGUUGAAGUGACAGAGCGUGCCCCUGCUUUCGACCCCGGUCAGCGAGGCCCCUACAUGGAGUUGUCGAAUGAGAACAGAACUGUUCGGUUAUCACAACAUUCUAAUCACCAGUGCAUAUGCAGUGCCGACACUGCAACCCAGGGCAUGCUAUUCUUCAAAGUACGGCUGGAUACACUGUAUAUUGUUGAGGCUUAUACCGCUACAUACGUGGCAGUGUCCUGUAACGAUCCCCCGAGUCUAAGUGUUGGCGAUAACACCCGUGCGUAUGGCUGGCGAGUGAAUGGUGAAGGUGCUGGAUUUGGUGGUGGGAAAAGUCCAGCAGUGGAAAGUGGGGAUGUUGUGACUGUGUUGUUGAAUUGUGAUGAGUCAACAGUGACAUUUACAUUGGAACGCACUGGUCACAGGCAGGUUUUUGACAACAUUCAAGCCGGCAAGUACUACCUCUACAUCUACAUGUAUGAUGGUCAUAGCAAUAGAUACCCGCAAAUGACUCUGUGCUGA